AUGAAGAUUCAAACGGAUGCGUUUGAUACUCAAAGAGUUGUAAGUCUUGAGCGCCAACAUGGAGGUUUAGGAAACAAAUUUUUUCUCUUCAUGGAAUUUCUUGCAUCUCGACAAUUUCAUUUAUUACAAGUUUUGGAUUUUAGUGAACCUGGAAUGCGUUAUCAGUCAGUAUUAAUGCAUACUCAACUUGAAUAUAUCCACAAGGCUGGACUUCAAACUUAUCAUCAAGUAGCAUUUACUUUUCGGCUUGAAUGUAUUCCCGGCACAGCAUCUCAACGUGAACGGAAUGGCAUUACAAGUCCUCAAGAACGUGAAUGUGAACCAUUUAUAAUUGAAGUGCCGGCAAGUCGUCAAGAACAAGUUAUCAAUAAUUAUGAUUUGCUGAACAAGCUUUGUGAUGCAACCGGGUGUACCAACAUUGUUUUUCGCGAUUUACCCAAAUAUAAAGGUUUAUCCAAGUGCAUUACUUUUUACAAAUUGCACAUUUUAGAUUAUGAAACUGUUCGACUAUAUGUUUCUGCAACAGGGCAAUUACAAGCACUUAACAAAUUACGGGAAUUAUUGGCUGUUCGUGCACCAUUAAAUCUUAUUGGCGAUUGUCGUCAGAUUUUCACACAAAUGGCCGAACAACUUUAUGAUAGAUUAAUUAAUUUGUAA